AUGCUGGAAAAAGACAACGAGUCCAGCGAGUUCAAAGAGAUCCAUGAACUUCGGCCGGCCGGGAACCAUGCCAACAAGCCUUUCGGCCGCCACUGGUCUGCUUUGCGGGACUCUUUCCGUGAAGGCUCUGACCGUCGAGGCAAGCAGUUGCGCAUGUCGCAUAUGGCGGUUAUAGCGCUCAGCAGUGGCUUGGGAACGGGUCUUUUGGUCGGCUCAGCGUCCAAAUUAAGAAUGGGCGGUCCUCUCUCUGUGUUGAUUGCAUACGCAGUCGUGGGUAUCAUGUGUAUUUGCACCAUGUGUUCUGUUGGCGAGUUGGCCGUGGCAUAUACGGAGCUGGAGGCGGGCUUCACCGAGUGGUACCGCAGGUUCAUCGACGACUCCGUGGCCUUUGCCUUGGGCUGGAACUACUAUCUUCUGUGGGUGACGGCCAUUUCUCUAGAGUUGGUCACCGCAGCCAUGACCAUCAAGUUCUGGAACACCAGCAUCAACUCGGAUGUGUUUGUUGCCAUUUUCUUUGUUGCCAUCUGCGCCAUCAACGCAUUCGGCGUGCGGGGCUACGGCGAUGCCGAGUUUGUCAUGAACUCCAUUAAACUCGCCAUGCUCACCGGGUUUUUCAUCAUGGGCUUAUGUGUCGACUUGGGUGCAUCGUCCCUGGGCUACAUUGGCGGGAAGUACUGGCGCGAUCCAGGUGCCUUCACCUCUUUCAAGGGCUUGGUCAAGGCCUUUGCCACUGCAUCUUUCUCCAUGGGCGGAACAGAGUUCUUGGCCUUGUCUGUUUCCGAGUUGAGACGUCCACGGGCCGCCUUGGUCAUGGCCAUCCGUCUUGUGUUUUUGCGUGUGGUGUUCUUCUACGUGGGCACCUUGCUCAUUGUCAGUUUGCUUGUCCCAUACGACUCGCCCAGACUCAUGGGCUCGGGACAGCUGGCCACAAGUGCUUCGCCGUAUGUCUUGGCCGCAGACAUCCAUGGUGUGAAGGUUGUGCCACACAUUGUCAAUGCCGUCAUUUUAAAUUCGGUGCUUUCUGUGGCUACCGCUGCAAUGUACUCGCUGUCUCGCUUGUUGCGUUCUUUGGCCCAGCAGGGUCUUGCUCCAAAAUGGCUUGACUAUGUGGAUCGCCAUGGCAGGCCCUUACGAGCAUGGGUCAUAUCGAUCUUGGCCGCUGCGUUUGCGUUUAUCGCCUCCUACGGCCACCAGGAUGUGGUUUUCAACUGGCUUUUGUCCAUUGCUGCCCUCUCGGUCGUUUUUGUAUGGCCCUCUCUCUGCAUCUGCCACUUGCGUUGGAGAGCGACACUCCGCCACCACAAUGUGCCUUUGAGCUCGCUUGGGUUUGUUUCCUACACGGGCAUAUGGGGCUCGUGGUACUCCAUCAUCGUGAACAUCUUGAUUCUUGCAGGGCAGUUCUGGGUGGCACUUUUCCCAGCAGGAAAAGCCGAUGUGUCAAACUUCUUCCAGAACUACGCCUGUGUUCCAUUUACUCUCGUUUGCUACGUGGGCCAUAAAACAUACACCCGCCUGUGGAAGAAGUUCUAUCUUCGUGUGGAAGAGAUUGAUAUUUUCACAGGACAAACCGUUUAUGAUAAGGAACUAUUGGCGUUGGAGAAGCAGGAGAAAGAAAAAGGUCGGCGUGAAUCUUCUUGGUGGAAGAGGCCGGCCCUCUGGCUUUUUGACCAAUAA